GCGCCUGGGCUUGGGAGGAGGCUCGUGCGCUAGAGCAAAUCCGUGUAUUUGGGAACCGUACAGGCCGGAGAUCCGCAAAAUGACUCCGGUGUAAGCGAAGGGCGGCAAAAUGGGGAACAACCUGGACCCCGGUGUUUUGGGGUGGACACAACGACUGGACGGCGAUCGCCAAGGAGGUUGACGCGAGGAACCGACGCGUUGAGUGUUUUAAACAGAACCGAAUGGGGAAGUGAUCAACUGAUUGCCAUUGGACGGAUUUAAGGCACAGCAUCUCAAAUAAGCUUCUGGAUAUCAUUUUAUCAAUCACUGAUCCACUUCCAUGGCGUUACCGUCGACUCAAAACCAAACAGGUCACCUAGAGCCUGAACUAAAGCGGGCUGACUGGAUUUAAAGCGCUUAAACUGUCGUUUUCCAGGCGAUGUCCGCGUCCUGCCUCGACCUGCGCAGCGCGAUUUCAGCACCACCGCAGCGGGACAGCGACCGCAUGGAUGCGGAUCCCCGCGCGCUGCUGCACGCGGAUCCCGGCGGGCUCGGCAUGGCUCUGGAGGAAGAGCUCGCCAUACUGACCGGGGAACGGGAAGAGGACGCGGAGGUACCGGCCUCGGAGACACCUGUGAGCGGACAGGACUCUAAUCUGCUGGCGCUUCUCCGACAGAAAGAGAAAGACUUGGUGCUCGCUGCUAAACUGGGCAAAGCUCUACUUGAAAGAAACCAAGACCUCACUAAGCAAUAUGACAAAAUGACCGAGGAUUUGAAUGACAAACUGGAGCUCCUGGAGCAGGAGAAGCACGAGCUGAGACGUCGUCUGGAGAGCCGUGAGGGUGAGUGGGAGGGUCGCGUGGCCGAGCUGGAGACAGAUGUUCAGCACCUGCAGGGGGAGCUGGAGAGACAGCAGGUGCAGCUGCGCGAGGUCGACCGCGACAAGAGCCGCGCCAUUAGCGAGCUGUCCGAACAAAACCACCGGCUCCUGGAGCAGCUCAACAGGGCUGCUGAAGUGGAGAAGCAGUUAUCUACUCAGGUUCACACUUUACGGGAUGAUUUCAGAGACAAAAGCGUCUCCACCAACCAGCACAUGACACGUCUUGAGACCCUGCAGGCCGAGCAAGGCCUUGAAAUAAAGAUGUUGACGCAACGUAAGCAGGAGCUCGAGCAGCGCGUGAACUCAAUACUGCAGGAGAACGAACAGCUUCAACACACGGCGGACCAGCUGAGAGAGAGAGCGCUGAUGAUGGAGAGACAAUGUCACGAGAAAGACCUACAGCUGCGACAGAGUCAGCUUGAGCUACAAGAGGUGCGCGCGUCUCACAGACAGUUGAGCUCUCGUCUGGAGGAACUGACGGAGGAACGGAGUCUUCAAGGCUUCACAUCCAACUCGCGCAGUCUUCUCUGUGAGAUCGAGCAGAGCAUGGAGCAGGAGGAGAUGGAGGAGGAGAGAGAACAACUACGGCUGCAGCUGUGGGAGGCAUACUGUCAGGUGCGCUCCAUCUGCUCACACCUGAGAGGAAAUGACAUCACAGACUCCGCCUUGUCCACAGACUCAUCCAUGGACGAGUCUUCCGAGACGCUGUCGGCUAAAGACGUCCCCACGGGCAGUUUACACGCGAGCCUACUGGAGCUGCGCAGACUCACACAAAACCUGCUGGACGGCAACGAAUCAACGGGUUCUCGCCGCAGUGAUGAGGAGGUUCUGGAGGAGCAGGUGCGUAAACUCGGAGAAGAACUUCGAGAACUCAGAGAACUGUAUGAACAAGAGCAGGAGAAAACACGCAGCAGUCAGGAGGAGGUUCUGCAGCUUCAUAAUCAGGUGGCGCUGCUCUCUGUGGAAGUUUCAUCAUCAAGAGAAGAGAAUGACAGAUUGAGACUGAUGGUAGAAGUUAGUGAACCCAACGAAGCGUUACAAAGUGCCAUACGAGACCGAGAUGAAGCCAUUGCCAAGAAGAAAGCAGUUGAAAUGGAGCUGGCCAAGUGUAAGAUAGACAUCAUGUCACUCAACAGUCAGCUGCUGGACGCCAUUGAGCAGAAACUCAACCUGUCUCAGCAGUUAGAAGCCUGGCAGGAUGAUAUGCACCGAGUUAUCGAUCAACAGCUGAUGGAUAAACAUCAGGACGAGUGGAGAGAUUCUCCAUGUUCCCUCAAAGGAUCACGAGGAGGAGAACCUUCCAGAAGAUCUCAUCAUCUCUCUGACGGAGACAAGCGCCUCUUUUCAUUCUUCAAGAAGAACUGAUGAAGACAGAGAGAGAGAGAGAGAGAAUGUGAGAAAACAAGAAAUGCAAACUAAAUCACUAUAAAUCAGUCUACUGAUGGCUCGAAGCCGUUCUGCACUUUAUCCGUCCUCUCAAUCCUCCGACAGAAAGAUUCCAAUCCUCCGAGGAGAGAAGGGCAUUGUGAGGUCCGGCCUGUAUUCUUUCACUCUGAUUCAGGGUCAGUUUGACAGAGGUGUGCUUCUCCUGCGAGUGCCUCAGAAAGCAUCACCUCACCUCACUGCCAGAGAUACGACACAAACACAUGACUGGAUUCACUCGAGACUAAACUCAGGCUGAACUACACUACAGAGGGUUUAAGAGAGAUUUACACCAUCACCAGAUCCAGACAAAAUCCUCAGACACAUUUCCACGGUAAAACAUUAUGAGUUUUAAACUCAGCACAAAGUGUUCAUAUAUACAUGUCAGAGACGUUGGGAAUGUGCUGGUUCUAUUCAGUAGUUUUUCUGGAUCUGUGGGCGCAGAUUUAACAGACGGUUUGAGAAACAUUUGAUCUUUGGUUUUUUCACAACUCUAGUGCUGUGCAUCAGGGCUUGUCUGAAAUAAACCUACACGCCUAAUAAAUACCAACAAAUAAAUUAAAAACAAUUUAAUGUUAAAGUUUAUGAACUGUCACUAGAAAGGAAUAUCAAACUUAAGGUUUCACAGACGAGGCUUAAAGGUCUUUGCACAUACAGUCCGAAAUUUUCGGAUUUGGCGCUCCUUUGUACGGCGUCUCUGGAUCGUCAAAACGCCUCUCAAAAUGCUUGCUACGCAUGCGAUAAACGCAGAAAAUCGAACCCAGACCGAAUCUUUUUAUGACGGACGAAAAUAUCGGCGGCAGUGUGUAAAUGUGAUUGACACAACACAAGGUCGUAUUUAUUUUUUUAACGUGACACAAAUUUCGGACUCAACGUGCAAUGGCUUUAAGACUAGUCCCAGACUAAAAUGAAAGCUGGAGCUGUCUUAACUGAAAAUAAAUUGCCCUGAUACAUAGUUUUGUCUCAAGAUGCACACCAUUAAUACGUUAUUUUUAUCGAAGGCAUUUUAAUAAAAGCGACUUAAAUAUCCUAAUUUUACUAAGGCUAAUUGACUAAUUCUUUACUAAGUCUGUGAAACCGGCCAAAGAAUAAAAGUCAGACGAACGUGUUCUUGCCUUUGUUUUUCAAAAUGAAACCAAAGAAAUAAAGUGUUCAAAUCCAUCACGAGUAUGGAGGUGUGAAAUGGACACAUUUGGAGGAUUUUUGACUCAUUUCUCAGGAGAAAUGUCCGAGACGCAGAUGACACUUAUGUUUCCAUUUGCUCUUUUAAUCUCAUUUUAUGAGAGGGAUUUUGACUAUUUGGCUGCUUUAAUGACACAAAACUUCCAUCCUGAUGUGUCACAAUCUGUGAUGUGAAUAAACCAAAGAGCAGACGUGCUUCAUUUUGUGUCUUGAGACACGACACAGCGUCAAAGAUUAAUGUCCACACACGCACGCACACACACACACACACACACACACACACACACACAUCCAUUUUAGGGUGCGUUUGUGUGUGUGUCAGUUAAGGUCGGUCAGAUUUUGAGCAAAGCUAUGCAGCUGUCUUCUUUCUUGUGCGAUUUUUGGUUCGGAGAAACCCAAAGAAUGAUUUUUAUACGCAUAAAGACACAAAUAGGUUUGGAAUAAAAAGGAAUCGAUAUAUUUGUAAAUGUAUAACUUUUGAAUGAUAAACCGAACACUUUUUUUAGAACAAUCUUCAUCUAAGCAUCUGUUUGUUGGUGUAGUCUGAUCUGUAUAUGUUUCUGAUGUUUGAGUGGUGUUGUGUUCUGCUGUCUGAUUGUUAAAGCUGCAGAUUAAACUCCAGAAAUGAUGCUGCUAUAAUCACUAUAAUGAUGAAUAUAAAGAAGAGAUUAUUGAGACGGCCUGCAGGGGGAGACACUACAGGAAAAACUAACCUUGGUCAUAUAAUACAUCAUCAAACACUUCUUUUCAUUGUUAAAAAACCCUUCCAUACCAGUAAUGUUAUUAAAGUGAACUUACAUUUACUCUAACAGCACUUUAAAUAAACUAAAUGGCCAUUAAAAGGCACUUGGCCAAUGCCAUAUGUACGCUGCUAAAAAUAUUGAAAAUACAACUUUAUUUUGUAUGUUUUUUAAAUCAAUCAAAAUGAUAAUUUAGUCCUGUAGUACCUCCCCCUUACAGAGAAUCUGACCAAUCACAGUCAAUCUCAUCUGAUGAUGUAAUAAUCAGACAGCAGUCUCAAUCUCUCGAUUCUCUCCACGGUCCGAGUAUUAACUGUCUUUUCUGUUCUGUAUGUAAAACACAUUUUCUCUGUCAUCUCUUAAGAUUCUUUUCUUCUACACGUGUUCUGUAAACGUCUGAUGUUACUUUGACUUUGUACUUUCUGUCCUGUUGUCAUUUAAAAGCUGUUUUUGCAAGAUUCUCCUGUCUGUGUGUCUGUGACUCUGAACUGAAUGUGUGUUUUAUAAACACCAUCAUAUUUCACACGCUGCGUUCCAAUUCACAUAACUGGUGAAGUACACACUUAUAAGAACGCGGUGAGAACAGCAUUAGAAUGAUAUAUAAUUAAAGUCCCAAAAAAUGAAAGUGAAAAUAAAAAUUCUUAUUUUUUCAUGAAAUAUUGCAGCGUUUACGGUAAAUAUCUUAUAAAUGUGGGUCAUUUUCUUUUUAAAAUUCAUGUACCCGCAUGAUCUUCAGUUAAAAUCUGAAAAUGCACUUCCGCCCUGUAAUGACUAUCCAUGGCACGCACUUAAUCCUUGGUGUUUCGAGUCAGAUCCGUGGGCGUGGCUUGUUGGUUUUGACUAAAUCUUUGGUGUUUCAAGUCUUACGAAACCUUUACCCUAACCCACACCCUAACCCUAACCUUACUCUAACCAUCUAAACUACCUAUGAUUGUUAAAAUUGACGAAAAAACACGUUUGGGUGAUCACGUCUGACUCGAAACACCAAGGAUUUAGUGAGUGCCGACUAAUCCAUCUCAAAUGACGUAAACUAGACGGCCUGGGCGGAGCAUCCGUUAACUCCUCCCCUCAAUUCAACCGUCAAUCUGCUGCUAGCUUCAUUUCAAAAUGUAACAGCUGUUUUUAUAGAUCCAAUCAAUUCGCAGUAAAAAAAAACACAAGCCACGCCCACUGAUUCUUCAACUUCCGGUUCACGGGGACUUUAAAGUCGGCAUGAAAUAGAGGUAACGACUGUUUUUUCUUCCGUAUCGUGACGUAUUAUCCGCGUGAAACAACUUCUGAAAUGAGAAAAAAAAUGUAGGGCGGGAAUUGAUUCCGUUCAUCUAGUACUGAUUGGAUCGUUAAAAUUUGUGUGUUGCCAACAAAAUGGAUUUGUAAUCCAGCUUGCUAUCUGUCCGUCACUGGAGCCCCGCCCUCGUGCCAUUCCUCUUGACCAGAAGUGAAGAGAGGUCGUUUCGGGGUGGGAGGGGGGGAUUUUGGAUGGUGGUGAUGUUAACGUUUUUGAAUAAAGAUUACAAGUGCAAAUUAAUUUAUAAAAAAUAAUAAUGUGCGCGCAUAAAUCAUUUAUAAUGAGUACUGCAAAACUGUGUACAUCAAUUUGAAUGGACAUUUUUAAUUUCAUGCCGACUUUAAAAGAAAUAUAAAAUAACUAAUGUUUGUGACUACACACAUCCGUUUUCAUUUCGCUCAAUUCACGACCGUAUCAUUCAAUAUCACUUAACAUUUAAAUUCAUAAACUCUUUGACUUUGUUGUCUUUCGCUGAAAUUAAUCAAUUAAUGGAUGGUCACUAUCUCAUAUACUAUGAAGAAUCAAAUAUGUGAAUUGGAACACAGAAACAAGCGACUCAACUCAGCAUAAAGGUCUUCGUGUGUGUGUUUCAUUCCCUGUCUGACUAGGAACACCAAGUAUAGAUUACAGUAUAAAAGAGACUUUUCAAAUGGAAAAAGCAAGAUGAGAUUAUGACAGUCUCGUGGGUAAAUAAUACAGUAUGUGGAGCAAAUAGAUUUCUUACCUGCCACCGGUCCUUUCUGACAUGCACUUUCUAUGACAACACUGCAAUAUUACAUGAAGAUCAAAAACAAUUAAUCAAAGUCCUCAUCUUCCACAAAUUCAUAACAUCAACGUGAAUCUUACAAAAUUUGAAUGUUCAAAGCGUUCAGUUUGAAGUCUGAAUGUGGCGUUCAUGUUGGACGGAACAUAAACUAAAUUGUCCAUUAUCAAAAUAAAGGACUUGAAUUCUUAGAGAAUAAAACAAGAAAUCCUCCAUUUAAGAUGAAUUAUACACAGCUAAUGUUUGUCAUAUUUGUCACUUCCAGGCAAAGACUGCAGACAAAAGUUUGUUUAUAUGUAUACUUGUAGAUAUCCUCUUAAACAAUAUGUAAAAAGGACAGAUUUUCUACCUUCUUUAUGCUUUUAGAAUAAAUGCUAUUUGUACUUAGUUGACUAUGAGCAAGUAUGCAUAUUUAUUAUGAUCAAAUUGCUAUUUUUCCAAUGUCAACUCCAAUGAUAUACAAAUGUAAAGAAUAUUUCCAUGUUUCGAAAGCUUCCAAUGUGUUGACGUGGAACGCACUGUGACGUAUCGUCCGGAAUAAAAAUGCUCGACGUCGAUUCUGUCGGUAAGAAUACACGAGGAU